AUGCGAACCAAGUGGGCAGAUAUUGCACAUACAAUCUAUGAGUGCGGCAAAGAGCCGAGAUUCUUUGAUUUGUUGAAAUUUGUUAAAGAAAGAUCACGUGUUGCCUGUUCGGUAUAUGGUAUUGAUAUUUUUAAAGAAAAUGCACCAUCCCAUGUAAGAAAACAGCCCCAUAGUCAGCCUAGUAAUUAUGUUAAAGGCAAAAUAACUACCUUGUCGUCAUAUACUGAAAGUGAUAAACACAAGAACGAAAGAAAAUGUUAUUGCUGCUCUGGUUCAUGCUUAGACUUAGCAUCAUGUCAUAGAUUUAAGAAAAUGACUUUAACAGAUAGAAAGAAAUAUGUUGUUAAGAACAGAUUGUGUUUCAAUUGUCUUAAACGUAGUCACAUGUCUAAAGAAUGUAGGAAAGAGAACUCAUGUGCUAUACCUGAUUGUAGCAGCAAACAUCAUACAUUAUUACAUAGCUGGUUCCCGGUAGGUUCUGAUAAGACUGUAACGCAACCUUCAAUAAAUUGUACGGCCACAAAUGGCUCAUUUUCUAAAACAUGUUUAGGGAUUAUACCUGUAACUGUUAAGGGUAGGGACGGUUACUUCUGUCAAACAUAUGCCCUGCUUGACGAUGGCGCAGACAAAACCCUGUGUGACGAAAAGCUUAUAAGGAAGCUGAAUAUAUCAAGUAGGCCAGUUACUUUCCAGAUUUCAACUGUUAAUUCAACAAGGAAUGCAAUACACGGAAAAGAAGUUGACCUAACUGUGAGUCCUAUUUCCGGUGAAAGUGAAGUGAAGCUUCACAAUGUUUGGACAGUAAAACAAUUGCCUAUUUCUACGCGAUCUGCAGCUACUGCCGAUGAUAUUAGAAAUAUACCAUAUUUAAGUGACUUGAAUAUUCCUAACGUGAACGUUAAUGAAGUCAUGUUACUAAUUGGCACAGAUACACCGGUAGCACAUAUUCCCCUAGAGAUACGAACCGGAAGUAGUAAUGAGCCAUAUGCAGUGAGAACGCAACUUGGUUGGGCAGUUCGUGGACCAAUACCAUACAAUAAUUCAAAACAUAAUAAAACAGACAACAAAAGAACUCCAAUUAACAUUCAUUUCGGUCAGUCAAGUGACGCCAUACUACAACAACAACUUGAACGUAUGUGGACGUCAGACUUCAAUGACGCAUCCUAUAAUGAGAAAAAUUCCAUGUCAGUUGAAGAUAAGAGAGCACUGGGAAUUAUUGAAUCUACAUUUUCUCGUGCUAAUGGACACUAUGAAAUGGGAUUACCAUGGCGACAGGAUGACACAAAAUUGCCGAAUAAUUUAGCGCUUGCGCAUGCGCGAUUGACUUACCUGAAAAGAAUACUUUCUCGUGACAACGUGUUACAUGAGAUGUAUACCAAAACAAUGACAGACUAUAUUAAUAAAGGAUUCGCAAAAGAAGUGACAAAUAAGGAUAUGAACUCAGAACAGAUAUGGUAUUUACCCAACCAUCCUGUAGCAAACGUGAAUAAGCCCGGAAAAGUGCGUGUUGUAUUUGAUUGUGCGGCAAAAUAUAAAAGUAUUUCACUAAAUAGUCAACUUUUACAAGGUCCUGAUAUGAUGAACAGCCUUGUAGGCGUAUUAACCAGAUUUCGACCAGAAAAGGUAGCUCUUUCCGCUGACAUAGAGGCAAUGUUUCACCAGGUACGUGUAUGUGAGAAGGACUGUGAUGCCCUACGUUUUCUAUGGUGGCCUGGUGGAGAUUUAUCUAUAACACCCAUGACUUAUUGUAUGAAAGUCCACUUAUUUGGAGCAACUUCUUCUCCGAGCUGCGCUGCGUAUGCGCUGAGAAGAACUGUCAUUAACAAUGCAGAGAGAUUUGAACCUGCAGUAUUAUCAACUGUAAAGAGAAAGUUUUACGUAGACGACUGCCUGAAGUCUGUAGAAUCUGAAGAUAAAGAUAAAGCUAUUAAACUUGCAGCAGAUUUACAGUCCCUGAUGAGCUUAGGUGGCUUCAGACUCACAAAGUGGAUAAGCAACAGUCGGAGGGUACUUAAUACGAUUCCGGAAUCUGAACGUGCGCCGACGAUCGUUAGCCUCAGCUCUGGAGACGUACUGCCUUGUGAUCGUGCGCUAGGCGUCAAUUGGAAUGUUAAUGAUGAUAAAAUAACAUUUAAGAUUAAAAUAAGCGAAACACCCUUAACAAGACGCGGAUUUCUUUUCAUAGUAAGUGCGAUCUUUGAUCCACUAGGACUUGUAUCACCUGUGACGUUGCGUGCUAAGGCAAUUGUUCAGAGCCUAUGUAGGAAGAAGAUAGGGUGGGAUGAAACCAUUCCGCAGAAAGAAAUAGAAGAUUGGCAACAGUGGAUAGCAAAUCUACCAUCGUUAGAAAAAAUUAGUAUUAACCGUUGUUUCCGUCCAAAUUACUUCAGUAAAUUGAAGAACGUACAGCUGCACGUGUUCAGCGAUGGCUCAGAAACAUGUUAUAGCGCAUGCGCAUACUUACGAUUGACGGAUAUACAGAAUAUAAUUUCAUGCAGUUUUGUUAUUGGUAAAUCUAGAUUAGCACCAAUAAAGCAAACAACCAUUCCAAGAUUAGAGCUGUGCGGAGCUGUAGUAGCAUGCCGCCUUUAUGCUAUGUUGUCAGAAUAA